AUGAAGAAUCUACUUGUAAAGUUUGGGAUGGUGGGAGACUCAAAAGGGAAGGUUCCAAUCGCAUUCAGAAUGAAACUUACUUCUUCUUUGGAUAAAUCGGUUGCAGACAUGACACUCUAUCGUAAAAUGAUAGGUUCCUUAAUAUAUUUAACUGCAAGUGAUCCAGAUAUUAUGUUUUCUGAUUGCUAUUGUUCUAGGUUUCAAGCUAAUUCUCGAGAACCAUACAUGACAGCAGUCAAAAACAUUUUCAGGUAUCUAAAGCAAACGUCUUCACUUGGAAUAUGGUACCCUUCGCAUUCUAGCUUGUUUGUACAAGCUUUUUUGGAUGCUAAUCUUGGAGGAUGUGGGUUAGAUAGGACAAGUACAACUGGAGGAUGCAAAUUUCUCGAUGGAAAACUUGUCUGUUGGCAAUCCAAGAAGCAAACAUGUGUGUCUCUAUCAACAGCUGAAGCUGAGUAUAUAGUAGCUGCCUCAUGA